UCCCUGCUCUACAGCAACCGUGCUGCCUGUCACUUGAAAUUGAAACGCUGGGAGUCCGCGAUCCUCGACGCGUCUGCCUCGUUGCUGUGCGACGGAGACAACUUGAAGGCGUAUCAUCGCCGAUCACUCGCAUGCCGCCACCUGGGGAGGCUGAAAGAAGCCGUACAAGACCUCGAG